AUGGAUGUGGCCAACAACACUACCUCCCCAGCGCGCUCCCCCGAGGGGACAAGCGGCCCCGGCCUCGCCGAGAUGACCCUGGGCUACCAGGUGCUCACCUCCCUGCUCCUGGGCACGCUUAUCCUGUGCGCCGUGAGUGGCAACGCCUGCGUGAUCGCAGCCAUCGCCCUGGAGCGCUCCCUGCAAACCGUGGCCAACUAUUUGAUCGGCUCACUGGCCGUCACCGACCUCAUGGUCUCCGUGCUAGUGCUGCCCAUGGCGGCCCUCUACCAGGUGCUGAACAAGUGGACGCUGGGGCAGGUCACCUGCGAUAUCUUCAUCUCGCUGGAUGUGCUUUGCUGCACCUCUUCUAUCCUGCACCUGUGCGCCAUCGCCCUGGACAGGUACUGGGCCAUCACGGACCCCAUUGACUAUGUUAACAAGCGAACUCCCCGGCGGGCGGCCGUGCUCAUCAGCCUGACCUGGCUCAUCGGCUUCUUGAUAUCCAUCCCUCCCAUGUUGGGCUGGAGGACGCCGGAGGACCGCUCGAACCCCGACGCCUGCACCAUCAGCAAGGACCACGGGUACACCAUCUACUCCACCUUCGGCGCCUUCUACAUUCCGCUUCUUCUCAUGCUGGUGCUCUACGGUCGCAUCUUCAAGGCGGCACGCUUUAGGAUCCGCAAGACAGUAAAGAAAGCAGAGAAGAAAAAAAUCGCCGACACCUGCCUCACUCUCUCUCCGACCACCGGGAAGAAAGGCAACGGGGAGCCCGGCAAGAGCUGGCGGCGGACUGUAGAGCCCAAGCCCGGUGCUUUUGUCAACGGCGCGGUGCGGCAGGGCCAGGACGGGACCGCCCUGGAGAUCAUCGAGGUCCAGCACUGCAACAGUUCCUCCAAGACUCACCUGCCGCUGCCCAGCGAGGCGUGCGGCUCCCCACCGCCGCCCUCUUUCGAGAGGCGCAACGAGAAGAACACAGAAGCUAAACGGAGAAUGGCUCUGUCCCGGGAGAGGAAGACUGUCAAGACCCUGGGCAUCAUUAUGGGCACCUUUAUCCUCUGCUGGCUGCCGUUCUUCAUCGUCGCCCUGGUCCUGCCCUUUUGUGACAGUAAGUGCUACAUGCCCCAGUGGCUGGGGGCAGUCAUCAACUGGCUGGGCUACUCCAACUCCCUUCUCAACCCCAUUAUCUAUGCCUAUUUCAACAAAGACUUCCAAAGUGCUUUUAAGAAAAUUAUCAAGUGCAAAUUUUGCCGGCAGUGAAGCCCACCACUCCGGGACGGGGCAAACGGGGUCGUGUUACUUCCUCCACUGGCCUGCCCCGAGCCGCAGUGUGCCCCCGCCCAGCCCCUGCACAGCGCCGUCCGAAGGGCGGGGGGCUCCGGCACCCCCGCUCCGCGCCCGAGUCGCUCGCUUCCCGCCCGCCGACGAGCGCUGCGGGUCACGGCAGGGCUCCGCUGGGAGCGGCGGGGGAAGAACGCGCGGCCCGGGAGGCUCCGCCGCCGCCCUCGUCUCUCCCGG